UAAAAGGAUGGAUGGAAUGCAAAAUGAUAUGAACCAAAAGUUUGAUAACAUCCAAUAUUCAAUUUCAAGGCUUACAAAUUUGAAUACACUGCAAGAAAAGGGAAGAUUUCCUUCUCAACCUCACCAAAAUCCCAAAGGUGUCCAUGAAGUGGAAAGCCAAGAGGGAGAAUCAUCACAGGUGAAAGAUGUGAAAGCCUUGAUCACUCUAAGGAGUGGUAAAAAAAUUGAGCAGCCAACACCCAAGCCACAUGUUGAGAAAGAAGAAGAGAUAAAGAAAGGGAAGGAAAUGGAAGAUAAAGAGAAAAUGCUGAAGAAAUCAACUUCUCCACCUUUUCCUCAAGCAUUACAUGGGAAAAAGGGGGUUAGAAAUGCAGCUGAAAUCCUUGAAGUCUUGAGACAAGUGAAAGUUAAUAUUCCACUACUAGAUAUGAUCAAACAAGUUCCAACGUAUGCAAAAUUCCUAAAGGACUUGUGUACUAUCAAAAGAGGGUUGACUGUAAACAAGAAAGCCUUCUUGACUGAGGAAGUAAGUGCAAUCUUACAGUGUAAGUCUCCUUUGAAGUACAAAGACUCUGGAAGUCCUACCAUUUCAGUCAUGAUUGGAGGAAAGGUAGUGGAGAAAGCCUUGUUAGAUUUGGGAGCAAGUGUGAAUUUGCUUCCAUAUUCUGUCUACAAGCAAUUGGGACUUGGAGAGUUGAAGCCAACAGCAAUCACUCUAUCUCUGGCAGAUAGAUCAGUGAAAAUUCCAAGAGGGGUAAUUGAGGAUGUAUUGGUUCAAGUGGAUAAUUUCUACUAUCCAGUAGAUUUUAUUGUUCUUGAUACAGAUCCUACUGUAAAGGAAGCUAAUUUAGUUCCUAUCAUCCUUGGAAGGCCAUUUCUUGCAACUUCAAAUGCAAUCAUCAACUGCAGGAAUGGGCUUAUGCAACUCACUUUUGGUAACAUGACACUGGAUCUCAAUAUUUUCUACAUGUCU